UGAGAGUGUACGUGAAACCGGAGUCAAAUUCCAUGUAUGUGCACAUAUAUAUGACCAAAAAACCUGAUUCUGAUUCUGAUCCUGAUGUAAGCACAGAGUCCACCUCCUUUGUCCCACAGAAGUCCUGUGCUCUGUCCUGCUGUCCGCCGGUCCAGUGCAGCUUGAUCCGGGAUGAAUGAUGGAUAAUAAUGAUAUUCUGCAUUAACAAUUCUGAGGAAACCAACAAUUUGUUUUGCCAUUAAUUAGAUCCAUGACAUUUGUAGACUCUUUCGUCCGCAAUAUAUUUCAAUAAAUAAAAUCUUCAGAAGAAAACAACUUCUGAGAUGCCAGCCAAUAACAUGCCUGCAGUAGAGAGGGAGUUCCCUUUAAUAUUCAACUAUAAAUUUGAGAAACACUGUGCAACACCAAUGCUAUACAGUUGGACAUGCUGUUUAACAUACAUAGAGCAUAUUCCUGUCUAAUAAUUUAUGUUUUUUACAGCAUUGCAUCCAGUCUUCUAUUUUUGUUUUUUAACUUUCACACUUUUGGCUUAGGAGCAUUACUGCAAAAUGAGAACUACAUCUAAUUUCUCGUUUGUUAUAUUUUCACUGUCUGGCUUCAGCGCCACUGCCAACUACAAAAUAACCCUUUUCUCUCUCACUUUUCUAUAUUAUUGUCUAAUUAUCUGUGUUAACAUGGCUCUCAUUUUAACCAUAAUAUUGGAUCAAAACUUACAUGAACCCAUUUAUGCUUUCAUAUGUAAUCUCUGCAUUAAUGUACUUUAUGGGACUGCAGCCUUUUAUCCUAAAUUUCUUAUUGAUCUUCUGUCUGAUAUUCAAGUUAUAUCAUAUGAAGGAUGCCUUUUACAAGUCUUUGUGAUAUACACUUAUGCAAUGAUUGAUUUUUCUGUUUUAGCUGUGAUGGCCUAUGACAGAUGUGUGGCUAUAUGUCGACCCCUGCAGUAUCACUCUGUAAUGUCUGUGCGAAGGACUGCAGUUUUAAUUGGUUUGUCCUGGCUGGUGCCUUUAUGCUGUGAAGUUGUGAUAAUAACUAUCACAUCUACAUUGAACUUAUGUGGAUCCCGCAUAGAUAAACUCUACUGUGCGAACUGGUCAAUUGUCAAACUAGCUUGUAGUACAUCGCGAGCAAACAACAUUGUUGGAUUGAUUAUUAUUGCUUUUUAUUGUGUGCAUGUCAUCUUCAUUGUGUGUUCUUAUGUGCGGUUGGUAAAUUCAGCUUUAAAAUCUAAUGAGGGCAGGAAAAAGUUGAUACAGACAUGUGUGCCACAUUUGUUAUGUCUGCUUAAUGUCACUGCCACUUUGCUUUUUGAUGUUAUGUACUCUCGGUAUGGAUCAGCAUCCGUGCCCCAGAGUGUGAGGAAUUUCAUGGCUUUACAAUUUCUCAUGAUGCCCCCUCUUCUCAACCCUAUAAUAUAUGGACUGAUUCUGACUAAAAUUCGAUUCAGAAUGGUGGCAUUGUGUAUGAAGGCAGGUCAGAGAUUUAAGUUGAGACUGAAGGCUUGAUUUUUAGAAUUAGUGUACCGUCCUGUCUGAAACACGACACUGGUCUGAAGUCUGUUUACAGAGACAGUUUCUAUCAUCCAUUCUGCACAUUUUAUUAUCAAACAAUCAGGUUUCAUACAUCAAAUGCAUGAAGCAAUUACAUGAAGCUUACAGCAUCUGAACACCUGCAUCGAGUAUGAUACUUCAUUUUAAAAAGGAAGAUCACACAUCUUCUUUACCAGGAGCAGAGCUCAAAGGAAAACAUUGUUUAAAUCAGGCCAGAAUAUUAAGAUCUGUAUUAUUCUCUGGUCCCUGAGCAGUUUUCAAACUGUUGUAAAAUGUAAAAAGAGUCAUGAGAGUCCCAAGUGCAAGAUGCCAGUUUUAUAUAUUUGUAACAAGUGAACUGAAUGAUAUAAUAUUGAGAUAUGUCUGGCACCUGAUAUUGAUUUAAUGUUGUUCUUUAGACACUUUAAACUUUUUACAAUAUU